AAUGGAGGCGAUUUAGACUGGAGCGGGACCGCGUCUGUCAAAAGCCCGACUCGGCAGCAGCGGCGGAGUCCAGAGGAGAGCUGGAGCCGCCGCGCUGCCUCCCCGCCCCCGCCGGGAUUUAUUGAGUAUUUGGACUGGACAAUUAAGUGGCCCUGAUGAUGUUACCAAGCCCGGUCACCUCCACCCCUUUCUCAGUCAAAGACAUUUUGAAUCUGGAGCAGCAGCAGCAACAGCAUUUCCACGGCGCGCACUUGCAGGCGGACUUGGAGCACCACUUCCACUCGGCGCCCUGCAUGCUGGCCGCCGCUGAGGGGACGCAAUUUUCUGACGGAGGGGAGGAGGACGAGGAAGAAGAGGGAGAGAAACUGUCCUAUCUGAACUCACUAGCUACAGCCGACGGCCACGGGGAUUCGGGGCUCUGCCCCCAGAGCUAUGUCCACACGGUCCUGCGAGACUCGUGCAGUGGGCCUAAGGAACAUGAAGAGGAGCCCGAGGUCCUGAGGGACCGGAGCCAAAAAAGCUGCCAGCUGAAGAAGCCUCUGGAGGCGGCCGGAGACUGCAAGGCAGCGGAAGAGAGCGAGAGGCCGAAGCCACGCAGCCGCCGGAAGCCGCGGGUCCUCUUCUCGCAAGCCCAGGUCUUCGAGCUGGAACGCAGGUUCAAGCAGCAGCGGUACCUGUCGGCCCCCGAGCGCGAGCACCUCGCCAGCAGCCUGAAGCUCACGUCCACGCAGGUGAAGAUCUGGUUCCAGAAUCGCAGGUACAAGUGUAAGAGACAGCGGCAGGACAAGUCUCUGGAGCUGGGCGCGCACGCGCCCCCGCCGCCGCCGCGCCGCGUGGCAGUGCCGGUGCUGGUGCGGGACGGCAAGCCGUGCGUCACGCCCAGCGCGCCAGCUUACGGCGCGCCCUACAGCGUGGGCGCGGGCGCCUACUCCUACAACAGCUUCCCCGCCUAUGGCUAUGGGAAUUCGGCAGCUGCCGCCGCAGCCGCGGCUGCUGCAGCCGCCGCCGCUGCGGCCUACAGCGGCAGCUACGGCUGUGCGUACCCGGCAAGCGGUGGCGGCGGCGGCGGGGCCUCCGCGGCGGCCUCGGCCAUGCAGCCCGCCUGCAGUGCGGCCGGAGGCGGCCCCUUUGUGAACGUGAGCAACCUGGGCGGCUUCGGCGGCGGCGGCGGCGGCGCGCAGCCAUUACACCAGGGUGCGGCGGCCGGGGCCGCGUGCGCGCAGGGAAACUUGCAGGGCAUCCGGGCCUGGUAGGGACCGGGCGGGUCAUGCGGCAGCCGCCCCACCGCAGCCUGGCGCCGCGGGACUGAAGCGCGAGAAAGGCUGGAUCCAAGGAAGGGCCAGGUCCCCUCGUUAAAUAAAAAGAAAUAUAUAUAUAUAUACGUCUCGCUUCCCAGGGCCCCGGAGCGCAGCUCACGCGAGGCCUGGGGAAGGGGGCUCAGGGGCGAAGAGGAUGCCCGGGAGUGGUCACGAAGACUGUCUCUGAGGCAGAAACGCCGGCUGGGUGCUGGGAGGACGAUGGCCCCGAGCUUGGCCCCAAAAGGAGUGCGAGAGGCUGGGACUCGGGCUGCCGCUCGGUUCUCCCAGAGCAAGAAGGGCUUCUCUCCUUCGGGCUUCUCUCCCUCAACCUUCCCGCGGCCGCCGCGAAGCGCUGGCGGAGAACUCAAGGACAAAAAAAGCAUGAAGGAGAGAAAAAUGGGCGUCGUGGCUUGAGAAAUCCCCAGGCCCUGCCGACCCUCUGCCCCCUUUGCGGGGCCGGCGUACCACAGCACAGUCCAUUUUCCUUUUCCCAACCACCUGCCUUCCGCACCAGAUACCUCGGCCUGGAUCUCCAGAUUGUCAGGGGGGUGUAGAACUCUGCGAGAAAAACCAGCGGAGCGAGACCAAAAGUUGGGGGGCUGAACAAAUCCGGGAACUGGUGGCCCACCGGAGGUGUUACCGGCUUUCCUUUCUGUUUCGUAUUGUGUUCAGCACAUAUAAUAUAUAUAUAUAUAUAUAUAUAUAUAUAUAUAUAUAUAAAACUAUAUCCACACGCCAUGUACACACCCGCUGCCAUACACUACAGGAGUCAAUAAACAAGGUGCAAUAUUUUCAAA